AGCCCCGCAGCCACGACAGGGAGAGCAGCACCAGCCGAGCGCACAGUCUGGGGUCGGUUGCCAGCCCAGCCAGCCCGAGUGACCCAGAGCCACUUGGGAGCCCGUGCCCCGCCCCACCCGCUAAGCCUCAGCUGGGACCCACCCGCAGCAGAGGCUGAGGCGGGUAGCUCCCCAAAGCUCGCCCACCUCUUUGCGCCAGAGCACAGGCAAAAGGAGAAGAAAGAUCCCUCUCUCCGGUCACCCACUCUUUCUCGCCCUCUCCAAAAAUUUGUUGAAGGAAGCGCUGCAGGAAGAAGACAUCUUCCUGAAUUCACUGUCAGGGGCGGGGUUGCUGCUGCCCUGCGGUGCUACCUUGGAGACCCUGCCACCCUGCUACUCUGCUACAACUCUUGAUCAGGUCAAGUCCUGGAGAAGGGAUCAUGAAGCACUCGGUGGCCGCUUGGCUCUUGGUUGGGCUCAGCUUCGGUGUACCCCAGUUCUGCAAAGGUGAUAUUUGUGAUCCCAAUCCAUGUGAAAAUGGAGGUAUCUGUUUGUCAAGCUUGUCUCAAGAUUCUUUCUCCUGUGAGUGUCCAGACGGCUUCACAGAUGCCAACUGCUCUAGUGUUGUGGAGGUUGCAUCAGAUGAAGAAGAGCCAACUUCAGCAGGUCCCUGCAUUCCUAAUCCAUGCCAUAAUGGAGGAACCUGUGAAAUAAGUGAAGCGUAUCGAGGGGACACUUUCAUAGGCUAUGUUUGUAAAUGUCCUCGAGGAUUUAAUGGGAUUCACUGUCAGCACAACAUAAAUGAAUGUGAAGCUGAGCCUUGCAAAAAUGGUGGGAUAUGCACAGACCUUGCUGCUAACUACUCCUGUGAGUGCCCUGGCGAAUUCAUGGGAAGAAAUUGUCAAUACAAAUGCUCGGGCCCAUUGGGAAUCGAAGGUGGAAUCAUAUCAAAUCAGCAAAUCACAGCGUCAUCUACCCACCGAGCUCUUUUUGGACUCCAGAAAUGGUAUCCCUACUAUGCUCGUCUGAAUAAGAAGGGGCUUAUAAAUGCCUGGACAGCUGCAGAAAAUGACAGAUGGUCAUGGAUUCAGAUAAAUUUACAAAGAAAAAUGAGAGUUACUGGAGUAAUUACCCAAGGAGCCAAGAGGAUUGGAAGCCCAGAAUAUAUAAAAUCCUACAAAAUCGCCUAUAGUAAUGAUGGAAAGACUUGGGCAAUGUACAAAGUGAAAGGCACCAAUGAAGACAUGGUGUUUCGUGGAAAUGUUGAUAACAACACACCUUAUGCUAACUCUUUCACACCCCCUAUAAAAGCUCAGUAUGUAAGACUUUAUCCCCAAGUUUGUCGAAGACACUGUACUUUGAGAAUGGAACUUCUUGGAUGUGAACUAUCAGGCUGUUCGGAGCCUCUGGGGAUGAAAUCAGGACAUAUACAAGACUAUCAGAUCACUGCCUCGAGCAUCUUCAGGACUCUCAAUAUGGACAUGUUCACUUGGGAGCCACGGAAAGCGAGGCUGGACAAGCAGGGCAAAGUGAAUGCCUGGACCUCCGGCCACAAUGACCAGUCGCAAUGGUUACAGGUAGAUCUUCUAGUUCCUACUAAAGUGACUGGCAUUAUUACACAAGGAGCUAAAGAUUUUGGUCAUGUCCAGUUCGUAGGCUCCUACAAGCUAGCUUACAGCAAUGAUGGAGAGCACUGGACUGUAUACCAGGAUGAAAAACAAAGAAAAGAUAAGGUCUUCCAGGGAAAUUUUGACAAUGAUACCCACAGAAAAAACGUCAUCGACCCUCCCAUCUAUGCCCGGCACAUAAGAAUCCUUCCUUGGUCCUGGUAUGGGAGGAUCACGCUGCGGUCCGAGCUGCUGGGCUGCACAGAGGAGGAAUGAGGAGACCCACACCCGCAACCUUCUUCUCUAUUUCCCCUCUCUCUCUAUCUCCAUGGAAUGAACUGUGUGCAAUCUGUAGGAAACUGAAUGGGGUUUUUCUUGAAAAAGUGCCCAAAUUAUGGUAGGCGAUUAACUGUCUUUUUAAGGAGGUCUAAGCCUGCCUUUUCAAUAGUUUAAUUUGAUUUUUAUCAUUUAAAUUUCUUAAGCAACAUCACAUUAACUGUGAAUUACUUUUCUCACGAUUUUCUGAAUUAUUCACACUGGUUGAAAUAUAUUAGGGAAAGAAAGUAGCAAGGGUAAGGAAAUCUCCUGGUUAUCAAAUAAAAGCAAGAGGUCUCAUGAAAGGAUACUACAAUGUUAGCAAUAAGUUUUUUUCUUCCAUAGUGACUCUACAUUAUCCUAAUUGUUUCCCUGUGCCUACCAAACCCUGUCAGUGUUUAUAACAAAAUUUUGAAGAAGAAUUUGUAACCUGCAGUACUAAUUGACAUUAUAAUUUUCAUUUUACUUUUAUUAUUUCUAA